UGCAUCUUUAAUUUCUCUCUUGUACACUCUAUCCUAUUAAGGAGAUUUUCUUUCUUUCAGUGUUUCCCCAAAUAUGUUGGCUUUUGUAUUCUAUUUUUUAGCUCUAUUAUUUUCACUUUCUAUUAAUAUAGCCAUCACUGAAGCAAAUAAAAGUUUAAAUAGUUUUAAUAUCGAUCUUAUUCACCGUGACUCAUCAUUGUCACCACUGUACAAUUCUUCAAUGUCCUCAUCGGAGCUCAUAGAAAACGCUGCGAUGCGUUCCAUUUCCCGAUUCAAUAAUGUUCACCUCUUUGCGAAUGCAAAAGAAUCAAUUGAAACUACCAUAAUUCCAUACGUUGGUCAAUACCUUAUGAAAUUUUAUAUUGGUACCCCUCCUAUAGAGAGGCUUGCUAUUGCUGACACUGGGAGUGAUCUUAUUUGGGUACAAUGUUCCCCUUGUGAGAAAUGUUUUCCUCAAGACACCCCAUUAUUUGAACCCAACAAGUCUUCCACAUCAAUGGAUGUGUCAUGUGACUCUCAACCUUGUUCACUGCUUCUCAAGAGUCAACAAUACGGUUGUGGAGAUUCAGGAGAGUGUGAGUACAUAUAUCAAUAUAGUAAUGGCCAGAUAUUCACCAUAGGAAAAUUGGGCAUUGAUGUCAUUAAUUUUGGUUCCACGGAUGAGGGCCAAGAAAUUACAUUUCCUAAGUCUAUUUUUGGAUGUGGAAUUUACAACAAUUUUUCAUUUGGUUUGGGCAACAAAAUCGAGGGAAUUGUGGGUCUUGGAGGAGGACCAUUGUCACUAGUUUCACAACUAGGUGAUCAAAUAGGUCAUAAAUUUUCUUAUUGCUUGCUUCCACCUACUUCAAACUCCCCUAGCAAAUUAAAAUUUGGGAAAGAAGCAAUGAUAACAAUUAAUGGGGUUGUGUCCACUCCCUAUAUAACCAAUCCUUCUUUUCCAACCUUCUAUAUACUCAAUCUUGAAGGCAUCGUUGUGGGACAAAAAGAGGUGCAAACAGACCAAUCUGCUGGCAACAUAAUAAUUGAUUCAGGGUCAACAUUAACAAUGCUUGAACCAAACUUUUACAACAAAUUUGUAACUUUGGUCAAAGAAGCUUUUGGUGUUGAGGCAGAGCAAAAUCCUCCACUCCCAUUCGACUUUUGUUUCAGAUAUGAGACCAAUAUGAAUAUGACUUUCCCUAAUGUUGUGUUUCAAUUUACGGAAGCUCGCAUUACCUUGGGCUCUAAAAACCUUCUUCUUGAACUCAGAAACUUGCUUUGCUUGGCGAUAGUGCCCACCACUGAAGGGGGACCUACCAUCUAUGGAAAUGUGGCACAAAUUGAUUUUCAAGUGGAAUAUGAUCUUAAGGAAAAGAAAGUUUCUUUCGUUCCUACUGAUUGUACCAAUAAUUAGUUUAUGCUUUUCGUUUGCUUAAUAAAGUUUUCACUGUGUAGCGAUAGCAGAAUAAAGGUUUGAUAUGUUACUUUUGUAAGACUUGUUAAUAAUAAUGAAUAAAUUCAAGCAUUU